ACGUCGCCCAUUGGUCCGUCUCUCCGAGCAGCGGAGGCAGACAUGAGGCAGUGGUGGUGAGAGCCCGGCGGAGAGCUGCGGAGCUGAAAUGAAGCGCACACACGGAGCGGCUCACACCGUGCAGGAAGAGGCUCCGCGCCGCUAAAGCUGAAGGCUGCUCCGGCUGAAUGAAGGGCUCCGUCCAUGCGGAGGCUAGCGCUCAUUCUGCUGCCCUGUGCUGUCGCCGUCCUGGUGCACUUGUGGUUGGCACAACGACCCUCCUCCACCCCGCUGGACAACAACACACACUCGGAUGAAUCGUUACCUUUCUAUGAAGUUUUGGUGGGAGUGCUGUCAGCAAGACACCAUUAUGAACUGCGACAAGCGAUAAGGAAGACCUGGCUGGGCUACCUCAGAGAUCACCCUCACUUCCAGCACAGAGUGGGGGUGAAGUUUAUCGUGGGCGAACAUGGGUGUCCCAUUCCAGAGGAGGACAGAGAAGAUCCAUACUCCUGCUCCCUCCUGAACUUCACACAGCCAGCGGCAGGCCGGGAUGCAGAGAUAGAGAUCGUGACGGUGUCUGACCCCUCGAUGCUCGCCCCCUCCGACGUGCCGGCCAUCGCCCUGGAUUUCAAAGUCCUCCAUCCGGUGGUGAUCACCAGGCUUGGGGUGUUUCCCAGCGGGAGCCAGCCCGAGCUUCAGAGCAAUGUGACGGUGAAGCUUCUCCAGCUGGACCAGGAGGAGGCUGUGGUCACUGCUCGCUUCAGUGCCAUCAGCACGGGGACCCUGGUGAGCGGGGUGUGGUACAAACCAGUCGAGCAGUUCAUCUUGCCUAAGGGUUUUGAGGGGACUCUAGUUUGGGAGAAUAUGGACUCUGCUGGAUUGACCACAGUCAACUCGUCUGUGCAGCUCAAUGAUGGAGGAGGUGUCCUCAAGAUCUCCUCUAUCUCAGAGGGCAUAUUGCCUCAUAGAAGUGCACUUGGAUUUCCCGGUUUGGCUGGAGGGUUCACGUUUACUAUCUACGAUGAAGACGGCCUGUCGGGGCUCCUGCAGGGCCGCCCGGCCAGGAUGGAGCAACACGCCUCCAGGCUGAGGCAGGAGGACGCCACCUUGCAGCAGGAGAGCCUCAGGCACGGCGACAUGGUGUUCGUAGACGUGGUCGACACCUACAGGAACGUGCCUUCCAAACUGCUUCAGUUCUAUAAAUGGUCUGUGGGAAACGCUGACUUUAAUCUGCUGUUGAAGACGGAUGAUGAUUGUUACAUCGACGUGGACUCCGUAUUAAUGAAGAUUGACCAUAGGGGUCUCAAGCGCAGCAAUUUCUGGUGGGGGAAUUUCAGGCAGAGCUGGGCAGUGGACCGCAUUGGGAAGUGGCAGGAGCUGGAGUACGCCAGUCCGGCCUACCCGGCGUUCGCCUGCGGCUCCGGCUACGUGGUCUCUCGUGACCUGGUCCAGUGGCUCGCCAGUAAUGCAGACAAACUGAAGGCCUACCAGGGAGAAGAUGUGAGCAUGGGGAUAUGGAUGGCAGCUGUUGGACCGCAGAAAUAUCAGGACGCCGGCUGGCUGUGUGAGAAAGAGUGCUACCUGGACAUGCUGUCGUCCCCCCAGCACACAGCCGAGGAGCUGCACAUCCUUUGGGACAGGAAGAGGGCCUGUGGAGACCCCUGCGGUUGUCCCUGGGGCCACUAAACCCAGCUCGCAUCACACUCACCACGCGGCGCUGUGGGUAACACGCACUCAGCACUGGUUGUCAGUUCAGCUUCUGUGGUUUCCUUAAAACCCUAAACUGAGUUUGAUCAGAUGUGAUUUUAAGAUUAAAAACCGUUUUUAAAUUCCUGUUGGAAAACAGUCUUAAAAACUUUGACAAUUCAUUGCAGGUUCUUAAUAUUAACAAAACACUGUACCAACAUGAUAAACCAUUUGCAGCUUUAGGAAAAAAAAACCUCACAUGUAGCUGUAGCAUACUGUCAGCAUUUGUAUCAUAAACUCAGUUAUUACAUUUGAGAUUGAAAAGGUCUUCAGUGAAACAGACAGGAAAAAAAGAGUGGAUUUAAAGAUGUUUUCGUGAGUGUUUAGUUAACUGACAGGGACGAACAAGAACCGUGUGCAAUCCCAGCAUGUGACGGUGUACAGAAUCACUGCUGUUAGACUUGAGUAGUUUGUAAUAUUGUAAUUUGACUUCAACCUUUUGGUUAAAUGGGGAUAUUUGAUGGAAUUUUAAAGAUGUUUGCUUUACAUUGCUAUAUUUUGUAAAUUAUUGUCUAAAGCUUUUCAUCCUCUUCACUAUUUGUAGAUUUACGACGAGCUUUCUCACAAACACACACAGUUUGUACUGUAACUGUCAUUGUGCAAAUAGUGUUGUGGCCUUACUGUAUUUGUUAGGCGUCAUACUGUGUGUAUGUUAACACUUGUGAUAUCAACACCGAUUUGAAUUAGUGUGUUUGCAACACAGAUUUUUGGAACUUGAACAAGCAGUCGGAGCGACUGCGGAAUAGAUUCACUAGUUUAACACUGGUUUUAUGAAACCCUCUUCACAGGUAAUAAAGAACACUUGAGAGAUGAA